CUAAAAAUGCAUCUGGACGAAAAGGAACAAUAUCUCAACCAGAUCGCCAUUGUAGUGCGCUCGUUAAUCGUUUCAACUAAGCCGCCGGUCAGCUUGUCGGACAUUGAGCGCGAUUACAAAGCCGUGGAGGGUGAAUCUUUGCCGUUUGUUCGUCUGGGGUAUAAAAGUUCAUAUGAACUGCUCGAGGAUACUGGUGCAUUUUCAAUAUGCAAAGGAGGAACGGGGUACAUAAUCAGGGCCAAUUACAAUCCCAAUUCAGCGCACAUUGCGUCUAUGGUACAAAAGCAAAAGCCAAGCAAAUCCAAGGGCAAAUUUACACGUCCUCAGGCAGCACCUGUGCGCCAUAACGUGCGUCCGCCCGUAACUUACAAUCACUACACGCGUGCACCUGCCAGCAGCUACACCAACAACAACAACUAUAGCUACGCACAACACCAAAGACACACUGAGGAAACUAUCUGGAGACAGGAGCUGUUGCGUUUGCGCCAAGAGCUUUGCGUGGAGUUUCGCAAAUUGCGUUGCGAGCAAGAGGUGCAGCAGCGCAACGGAAACAGCGCUCGUGAAUUCCAGUAUCUAAUUAAAGCGCAAGACGAAAAAGUUAAUAGGAGAUUUCAUCAGCUGCAGGUACAGCAUCAACUGGAGCAACAUAAGACUGACCAAGUCAUACAAAAGCUGCAAAAAGAACUGGAGCUCAAGGUCAAGGCACAAGAGCAGCAACGCAAAGAGCAGGGUGAAAUUAAGAAUCUGCAGGAAGUUCGCACAGCAUUACAGAAUCAGAUAUUAGCGCUAAAGCAGCGUAAGCAACAGCUAAGCAAUCAAGAAGAGCAGCUUGUGCAAGAGCAAAAAAAGGCGAUAGAGCAGCGUGAGCAAGAGCAAAGAAAGGAAAAAGAGCAGCGCGAACAAGAGCAAAGAAAGGCUGAGCAGCGUGCGCUAGAGCAAAUAAAGGAAACAGAGAAGCUUUUUCAAAUAAAGGCUGAGCAGUUUGCGCAAGAGAAAAGAAAGGAAAAAGAGAAGCGUGAACAAGAGCAAAGAAAGGCUGAGCAGCUUGCGUUAGAGCAAAGAAAGGAAAAAGAGAAGCUUUUGCAAGAGCAAAGAAAGUCUGAGCAGCGUGAGCAAGAACAAGAACUCGAAAUUGAUUUUAAAGGAAUUGUAAGGGAGCUCAGCAAGCAGCAGCAGCAGCAAAAGAUAUUGACUGAUAGAAACAACAACAGCAGAAAUAUGAACGGCAACACGGCUACGGCUACUGCCGCUGCUAGCAGCGAUGCUACUACGCGCAAGCAGAACUUACGCCCCAUACUGGGCAAUAGUGCGCCCCAGCGUCCAAAUGACAAAAUCUCGGCUGAGGCUGCUGCUGCCGCUGCUCCCUAUAAACGUCCGCUGCAUACACGCAUACAGCAUCAGCCCACGCGCAGCGCUGGCUCUGUAAACUAUAGACUUAAACAACAACAACAGCAGCAGCAGUGCCCAACGACACCAACAACACCCCCAACACCUACGCUGCCUAUUACGCCACCAGAAUCACCAGAGAAUAGUCAAAAUGUAGCCAAAAAGCAACAGUCUCCGAAGAAGGACAAGAGCGUACAACAGCCGCUGCUGCAGCAGAGUGUCCAGCUGCCCAAGCAAGCCAGCGGCUUUGAAUUUAAUCCAGCUUACGAUGCCAUCUCCUUGUUGCAGCAAUAUUGUGUGGCUCACAGCUUUGCGCCGCCAAAUUAUGAGUACUACAAUGCCCACAAGAGUAAGCGUGUGCAUUGCAAGGUGCAUAUUGGGUCUAGAAUUUAUACCAGCUAUCCGGAGGAUCAUGCGGAUGAGGCGAGCGCACGCCAACGCACCUCGGAGUUGGCUAUAGAGCGUCUCAAGUCAAUGGAGGCACGCAAACCGCAAGUUAUGGCGGUGCAAGGUGAACAGUUUCUGCUGCGUCUCUACCAGGAGCUUGUCAAGCAUCCGCAUGGCAUUGUUAGCCACAAGUUGCCGCAAUGGUAUGAAGCUACAGUAAAGCUACAAGUGCCUGGCAACUGGGAGUCGCUAAUCAGUAGCUCUGACAAAAUGCGUCUAGAGAGCAGCAACAACAUGGUUAUAGUGUUUGCCAAUACGGAUGGAGUGCAGCAGCUACAGCCACAGGCAAAACCGCUGCAGCAGCAGCUGUCUUAUGAUAAAAACGCGCGUAUGCCAGAGCUGCAGCUGCCCUGGUCGGAUGGUCAACAGGACUGGAGCAUGUACAUCACGCACUGCGAUAGCACCAUGCAUGUCUGGGCACGUCUCAUUGACCAGAGCUCGCAGUUUGAGCAGUUGACUGAGGAGCUGAAUGAGUACAUGUCGCAGCCGCAGCAGCGCAAGGCCGUGCAACAAGCGCCCGUGGAGACACAAAUCUAUGUGGUAGAGGUGAGCGACAAUUGGAAUCGCGUGCGCAUCAUGUCGCUGGAUGCGGAGCAGCGUCAGUGCAGCUGUCACUUUGUCGACUUUGGCGAUGAAGUCAAUUUUAGCUUCGACAACAUUUACAUGUGCCCUACCAAAUUCUUAAAGCUGCCACCGCAAGCGGUCUGCCUGAGCAUGUACGCUUUGGACAAGUUUGAGGAGCAUCCGCAUGCGCUGCCUGUGCUGGCCAAGGAGCUGGCCGGGCACAGCGUUGUCACGCGCAUUAUUACAAGCGCUGCGUUGUUCCAGCAAGCAGGCGGUUGUAGCCAGGGCGUGCUGCUGUCACCUGGACAGGCAGGCACACAGUCGCUGCACAGACGCGCCUGCAUCAUAGGCACCUUCUAUGACACUUCCACGUCGGAGGACAUACACCUCAAUGAUUUGGUGGCAAAUCAAAUCAAUCGCAAUACACCGGCUCCCAUGCUUAAGCUGGAUCAAAAGUCCAAUCAUGUUAUUGUCUCGCACGUCAAUGACAUGGGCGAUCUGAUGGUGCAGCUGCCCAACGAGGAUCUCAAGUUCGUGCAACGCAGCAUUGCGCGCAUUAUGAGCGAUAGCAGCGAGCAGCAACGUGUGCAGUUUACGGAUCUGUUGCACGAUCAGCUAGUCUGCAUCUGUGAUGAGUCUAGCGAUGGCGUCAAGCAUUGGUAUCGCGGCAUGUUGGCAGCCAAACCGAAAAGCGCCGACGAGGAAGUCUUCGAUGUCUACUAUGUGGAUGAUGGACGCAUGCGCAAGACGCACAUUUCCAACAUUUAUCGCCUGGAGGCCAAUAAUCUGGCCCUAGCCUCGUAUCCAGCACAAGCUUUGCGCGUCCGACUACACGAUGUACCGCCCAUCGAUACGCAAAUGUUGGAACGUUUGCGUAGUCUGCUCAAGCCGCAGACACCUGUUCUGCUCAAGGUCAUGGAGGGCGCCAACGAUAAAUUACCCAUGGUCACAAUCCAUGUUCGCGGUCAGGAUAGCCUGUACUUAUGUCUGAACAGUGCCAUACGCAUGGAGCAUGAAGUGCAAAGUUCGACACGUCUGGUGCCUUUCGACGAUGGCGGCCUGCACUUCAGUUCCAGCGGACAGCUUAUACGCCGCAGCAGCUUUAGUUCAACCGUCUCCAGUCACAGCAGCGCCAGCGAUCAGCCUAGCCUAGCUUCGCCGCCAGUGACGCCGCGCAAACCCAACGCUGCUUUACUGCCGCAACUCAAAGAAUACGAGGCCAUACCUGCCAUAGGCGCAUACUUUGAAGUACGUGUGGCGCUCUCUGUUAAUCCUGGACAUUUUGCAGUACAGCCCUAUAAGUGGUAUAACCAGUUCCAAAAUCUGAUGAAGCAACUGCAGGCGCAUUGCAAAAGUAGUGCCGCCAAGAGCGUAGAGUCCGGUCAGCUGGCCAUUGGCCAGGCUUUUGCGGCACCAGACAGCGAUGGCGUCUAUCAUCGCGUAAAUAUACGCAAGAUUUACGAUGAGAUGAUACAAAUACGCUACGUAGAUGUGGGCGACGAUGGUGUGGUACGUUGUGAUCAGCUGCUGCAGUUGCCAAACGAGUUUCGGGAAUUACCCAUGAUUUCGCUUCCGGCACAGUUAUAUGGCAUCCAGCUAGCUGAUGUGGACUGGACACAGGAAAACUGUAUACGCUUCCGCAAGCUGACGCUGGGCCAAAAGUUUAUUGGCGCUGUGCGUCGCAUCGAUAUGCUCAAGGAUGGACGACGUGCGCUUAGCCUCGAGCUCAUAGAUACCUCCACGCCGCAGGAUAUUAAAGUGCAUGAGAUUCUUAUUAGCGAGAAGCAAGCGCAGCCCGCCGCCUCAUAAGCUAAUGUAUUUUUAUUUAGCAAA